AUGGGUGUUAAUUCAAAGUUGGAACAUAUUUCAUUAUUUUGUGAAAAAUAUCCACAAAUUGCAAAUUGUCUUAUGCUCGUUUAUCUUGAUUUAACUCUGGUUAAAUCAUGGUUCGAAGUUAAUGUUGAAGAGGUUGAACAAUUACAAAGAUGUAUUAUAAAGGGAAAACAAAAUCAAGAAUCAAUGUAUGAAAUAAUUUUACCUUGUUCAUCAGCGGAAGAAUGGUCAAUUGAUCGGUAA